CAACCAGAGAGAAAACAAAACCAACAAGAGGCUAAACAUCUAUAAAGACAACAUGGUGGAGCACAACGUCAUGAAGAUAGAAGUCAAGCGUAUGAGGGAUCUGUUGUACAACAAGGCGGGCAGCGUGCUGUCCCUGGAGAAGAGGAAGCUGAAGCUGCAGAAAGCAAUAAAGGACAGAGAGGAAGAGGUCAAGGUCUACAGAGACAUGCUCGGCCAGCAGCUCAAGAUCAGUGAGCAGGAGAGGCAGAAACUCAGUGCUGAACUGAAUGAGAAACUGUCCAAGAUCGACAUGAUGAAGAAACGCUUUGAGGUUGUGACGCUUUCAAUGGCAGCUCCUGAGGGGGAAGAGGAGAAAUCGCAGACUUACUAUAUCACAAAGGCUGCACAAGAGAAAGAGGAGCUCAAGCGUAAGGGAGACAGUCUGGAUGCUAAAAUCCGCAAGAUGGAGCUGGAAAACAGAGCUCUGGAGAACACCAUUCAGUUGUUCAACAACAGUAACUCAACAUUUCGCAAAUCCCUCAACAAAGUCAAUGAAUCCAGUCCAGAGUACAAGGAAAGACUGAAGCUGGGAGAGCAGCUAAGGGCGGCUGAAGAGAAGCUGAAGUACAAGAAAAGACAAGUCCAAGAGCUCCAGCAGGACUUACAGGACAUGAACAAUACCUUGGAGAGUCUGCUGCAUGACGAGCAGGUGGAGAAACACAAAAUAGAGCACAAACAGUCGCUCAUCAGUAAACUGAACAAAGAGAUCUCUUCACAGCAGGAGAAGGUUGUCAGAGCCACAAAGCAGUGCUCGAAGCUGACAAAAGAGAUCCGCUCAGCAAAAAGCACCAACACCGAGACUUUUGAGGAGAAGGACAUUAAGCUGAGGGAGCUGAAAGAAUUCAAUAAGAGUAUCAACAAGAUGCUGAAUGAAACCAUGGAGGACAAACCUGACCUCAGAUCAGUGUUGGAGAAAUACUUCCUGCAGGCCAAUCUGUCUCUUCCUUCUCCGUCUUCCACUCCUUCCAGCCAUCGGAGCUCCAAUAUGAGCUCUGCCCGCAGCUCUGCCUCUCUUAGGUCUCCUGCGUCCUCAGCCAGCAGCAGCCCCAGGGCGUCUGCCCUUCACUCCCCCGUGCUGAAGACUGUGGAACUGGGCUUGGAUCUGACCGUGACCUCCCCUCCUCUCACCACCUCCAGACGUUCUAGCUCUGCGAGCAGCAGCAGAAAGUUGAAGAACCCAUAGUGUUUAUUAUCAUUCUUUAGUUACUGCUGUGAAUAGAGAGCAAGAGACAGAGCAUUACACUAUAUAGUUAUAUAGCUGCACAGAACAACUGUCUCAUCAAUUCUGAAAGUGGCAUAAUUUUAAUGCAUCAAUAAAUCUGUUAUGUGUG